UACUGGGUGGGCAGACUUCUGGUCCUCCCAGCUCGGACCUCCAGUAUCCCACAAUGUCUAGUCCUCCAGUAUCCCACAGUUCCUCAGCGUGACGGAGAGAGCGGGCAGGCGGACAUGGCGGACUCGGACAGCUGGGACGACGAUUUCCAGACGCAGGGGCCGGUGAACAAGCCCGUGAUCGUGGACAGAUGGGAAGGCGAGGACGAGGAGGAGGAUGUGAAGGACAACUGGGAUGAUGAUGAAGAGGAAAAGAAAGCACCAGUGAAACCAGUUGAAGUCAAGACAGAAAAGAAGAAAUUAAGUGACCGGAUUAAAGAAAGGGAAGAAAAAGAAAAGCAACUGAAGAAGAAAAAACAAGAGUUAAAAAACUUUGAGAAAGCAGCUGAACCAGUGGAACUUUCACCAGAGGAACAACAGGCAGAAAAACUCCGACUAGCCAAGCUACAAGAACAGGCAGAUCUAGAAGUAGCAAAGGACACAUUUGGCACGAAUUAUGUUUCACAGCUCGGAAUCGACUCCAUGUGCCCGACCACUAAAGAAGACUUUACAGAAUUUGGGAAGCUUUUGAAGGAAAAGAUUACGCAAUUUGAAAAGUCUGUGCAUUAUGUAGACUUUUUAGAGACCUUACUUCGAGAUAUUAGCAUUUCAUUGGAUGUUGACGAUUUGAAAAAGCUGAACAACUCUUUGACAUCGUUGUGUAGUGAAAAGCAGAAACAAGAGAAGCAAAGCAAAGGCAAAAAGAAGAAAAAGGCCCCAGUGCUUGCAGGUGGAUUUAAAGCAAAUCUGAAAGAUGAUCUUGAUGACUAUGGUUACACGCAGGAUUAUGAUGACUUCAUGUGAUUAUGUUCUGUGACCCAGGCUUCUUCCAGCAUGUUUUUUGCAGACAACCACCUGGUUUCUUCAUGAGCUGCACAGAGCCUUCUAUUGUUAUGGAAACAGCUAGGACUCCAGAUGCCAAUGAUAACAACAAAUUUUGUUACUGGUACCAUAAUUAUAUAUUGUUAUGUGUCAGUGACAAUACUUUAGCACUAUGUGGACAAAGCACCUGCAUGGAUUUGGGAGGGGGUUGGGGAGGUGUGUUGCAGGCUGAGUUCAGGAAGCGAGCAAUAUAUAUUUGAAAAAAUAUGAAGUCUUGCAGUGUCCAUGCCUCAGCAUCUAGAUUCUGACCUGAGCUGAUGUAAUAUCACGUUUAUUGUGAUACUGUAGAAUUGCAAAGUAAGAUUACUAUUUUUAAAAUUUCUUGAAUAUUGCCUGCUUUUUCCUUUCUUUGGAAACUAAAAUGGACUAAUUAGAGAUCCUGAUUUUGUGCUGAUGUUGUGCUUUUGGUUGCUGGGUCAGUCUGCCUUAAAAAAACACAUUAUCAAUAUUCACAUGGCCCCAGAAUUGGGACAACAGAGCACCGGGCAUGUGACUUUCCUGUGUCAUUUGUUCAUGUUUGUGAUCACACCAGGGGAGGAGCCUGAAUGCUCUUUCACUUUAUUCUCUUCCUUGCCCCACCUUAAAAUCAAACUCCAAAUGUAGUUAACCGAUUUAAACAUAGUUCAUUAAAAGUGCCAUGGUUUAAACCUAGUGAGGGAAAGGAGAGGCAGUCUAGGAGGUCCCUGCGUCUCACUGUUUUGAAUGGUGAACUGCUUCCUUAAGUUUGAGCUUAAGGAUUUCAUGAUCAGUAGCUGUUGUAUUGGUUUGAUCAAGACUCCCGUGAAGACAGCAUUGAUAUGGCUCAGUUCUGGGUAGAUCCUUGAAUCUGUACACAAGUAAUCUUUUUGCUGAGAUCCUGAUCAAAGUCCCCACCUACUCUUGGGUGGUUAUAACAAUAAGGACAUGUCAUUCAAACGGCACAAACGUUCUCCUCCACAUUCAACCAACAUCACAAACACACCUAUGUGUGUGGAAUCUUGCUGUGCAGAGAUCGGCAGCUGUGUUUCCUCCUCAGUAUGUCAGGAAUGCUUUGAUUAGUAAGGCACUUUGGCAUAAUUUGAGGCUGCGAGAAACUCUUCAUAAUUCAAGUCCUUUUAAGGGUGAAUAAUCUCUAACUGGUCAAAGUAGGACUCUUGAGACGAUCCCACUGUUGGCUUUCUUGCUUACAUUCAUGCACGUGGAUGGUUGGUGCAGGUAGAAUUCAGUGGAGUUAGCUGCCCCCCAAACACCCACUGCCUUGGCUGAAGAAGGGUGACUACCUGAGGGACAGCUGUUGCUGCUUAUUAACAGAAUCGCAUAUCAAAGAGGGGAAAACGUACUGAACCUGCUUGAAAUUUUCAUAAUGGACGAAUACACCCCAUUUAAUGGUCACAUCAGCAAUUUAAAGUUAAACUGAAUGAUUUUUUUUGUUGAAAGUAUUGGAUGGGAAAGUUAGAUGCUCUUUGAAGCGUUUUUGAAUCAAUGUUGCUAAUGGAGGGGGAGAACAACUAAUUAUUUUCUCCCAUCUGAGGGCAGUGACUUGCACUAAUGGAACUUAAGUGCAGAAUGUUUUUAAAAAUCUGCUGGAGUUGAGAAGGGAAUUUGUGGCCUUUUUCUUUUCACUUACCACUUUUUUGGUUGGGUUGGUAGGUCAGGAGUUUAGUUCAAAAACGUUUCCUGAACACAGUUAAAGAUGUGCUUUUUACUUCAGGACAAUCCUUUGUAAAUGGUUAAGUGCACAUAAAUAGGGAUCAGUUCAGUAAAUGCUGCACUUUACACAGAUUCUACAUUGAUCAUGAGGUGUGGUUGCAACCCAAUGAAAUUCCUUGGACAUGUGCAUUAUUUUUGCCAUCCUGUUGCAUUGUGUAGUGGCACUCCGCAGUCUUGUGAGCACAAAAGGUAAUGGGAAUAGUUCUUGUAUUAAAUAUAUAUAUCUCCUCCCCUUUCCCAGUAAAUUCCUAUUUAUUAUACAAAACAAUUUCUUGUGUCUGCAAAAAAAGGACAAUUUAUACAAUAGAUGGGUAACUUAUUUUUACAUCUCAUCUAUUAGUUGGGAAAGCUUAUUAAUGGAAACAUAAUUGGACACUUGUCAUGUUUUAGGAUAAUAAAUGAAUAUAACGUCA